AUAGGGACGCUCAGUGCUAGUACGGUUUGCGCCUUAAGCGCCGCCGGGGCCUGAGGAAUGUCAACUAUUCAACAUGGAGGAGGAGGUCGAUAAGCUGGAAUUGAUGUUCCAGAAAGCUGAUUCUGAUCUGGAUUACAUUCAAUACAGGCUGGAAUAUGAAAUCAAGACUAAUCAUCCUGAUUCAGCAGGCGAGAAAAAUCCAGUUACACUCUUACAGGAAUUGUCAGCAAUAAAGUCCCGAUAUCAAACUUUGCAGGCACGCUUUAAGCCAAUUGCUGAUGAGCAGAAAGAGAUUAAGAGCCGCAUUUGUGCUACUUUCAAUAAGACUAUGGCCAUGAUACAAGAACUACAAAAGCAAACAGACCUGGAGAGUACUGAUUUUCUUGAGAUGUGUGCUGUCCCUCACAGCCUCAUACCUGAGCUGUCACCAAUGACUGAAGAAGAGAAAACUGCUGUAGAGCAAUUAAAAUCUCACAUGUCAGAUUUAUGAAGAAAUGGACUUGCAAAAGGGAACUCUGGUGGAGAAGAGAUCAAUUCCAGAGAGAUUUAGAAAGAUGUCUUGUUAGCAUAUGGUAACUAGAGGUGGGAUAUGGUGAAAGAGAAAAUUUGGCCUGGGUGACUGGAUAGUGAUGCCUUUCACAAGAGGGAAAUAUAAGGACAGAUAUGAAUAAACUUCAAUAAAAAGGAUGGAAUGGGGAAAGAAU